AUGGCUGAGAUGAUGGAGAUGGAAAUCAAUGGAAAACUCAGAUGUUGUACCGGUUCAGAUGUCUCCAAAAGGCGGAGAAUUUUGGAAUCUGCUGAUAGUCCACAACAUGGAGCGGGAGCCAUUAAUAAUACUGAGGUCACUAUUAGUUUUCAAGAUUGGCUAUGGCCUGAGUGGAUCCUGAUGGAAGUUCUGUGCAGGCUCCCAUUCAAGAUGGUUAUCCGAUGCAAAAGUGUCUCAAAACAAUGGCUUUCUCUAAUCUCGGAUCCUUCUUUUGCCCGCUUCUAUAACAUCACCUCUCGAGGCUGGCAAGCCUCUGCUUUCCUUCCGUGGAUCUUUAUUUUCAACAAAAUGAGUGCUGGAGGUUGUGGGAUGACGCAUUUUUCGGAGGAAAAAGUAAUGGAUAUUAUGUAUCCUUUUCCAAACUCCCCUUCCCCUAAUUAUUGUGUACUUCCCAUUCCGAAAUCUCAGCAGCAGCAGCAAGAUAAGAAGGGGAGAAUGUGGGCCACUAUCCAUGCCAUUCACGACGUGUUUUUGCUGUACAAGUGGACACGCAUAGAUGAGCUGUACAUCUGCAAUCCCAUGACCAACCAGUGGUUUCCACUUCCUCGACCCAAAUGUAACCCAAACGCAAAUGUCAGCUAUGGUUUCAUAACACGGGUCGAAUCCGGAAUCUUAACCAGCUACAGGAUCGUUCUUGUCCGUUGUUAUCCCCAGAAACAAUUUUUCAUCGAGUUCGUGGUAUUCUGUUCCGAAUCGGGAAAAUGGGUAGAAUAUACCGUUCGCUCCACGCGUGCAGUUCAGGUUUCUUAUACCAAGAAGAGUGUGUUCCUCAAUGGGAAACUGCACUGGAAUGAUUGUGAGCUUGGGCUUAUAGCUUACGAUCCUUAUACGAGUCCUGAUGAGAUGCGCUUGAUAGAUUUUCCCAAGGAUCGAAAUAAACCACCACACAAAUACAUGGGGAACUACAGCUCGUGUGGCGUCCACCAAGGGCUUCUCAACUAUUUUGAAGUUAUCGAUCCAUGCAGUGGUCCGCGCGGCUUCUCUCAGCUCAAGAUAUGGGUGCUGGAGGACUAUGAUGUGGGUGGAUGGUGUUUGCAGCAUAUGGUUGCGUUUGAAGAUAUUAGGACUGAUGGUCGUUUGUAUGGCCGACCAAUGGGUCCCGACCUCGUUUGUUUCGACCCGUAUGAUGCGGAGAUAGUGUAUUUGCGGUGGUACAGGGACUUGGUCUCUUACAACAUGCGGACGAGGGAGCUGACACCGCUGGGCCUUCCUCAUGAACCGGAGAAGAAUUUUACGUUCGUGUUUAGUGAGCACUGUCUAUGUUUCCCAGUUCUGCUCCCGCCAUGGCCUAUUUCUAUUCCUACCUCUCUAAUACCAAAGCUAUAG